CCUUAGUUUCAUUUGUUGUUUUAGUAACUGUUGCUGGGCAGUUGGCCAGGAAAUUGUGACUCCUAGGCAAAAGGAGGAGCUAGGGAUAAGUUGACCAUUGCCAAAGAAAUUCUGUUCCAAAUGGAUUUGUGUGGAGCAACAGUGAUAUCCAAUGACAAGUUAAAUUAGACACAGAGGUGUUUUUUCCAACACUGUCUCUGAAGAUACAUGCUGUUGAGGGGCCUGGUUAAGACUAAAACAGUCUUUGAAAGUCAUAUACAAAAAAUUAUACUAGGAACUUGAAGAAGAAUUUUGUUAUGUGACUUCAAUAUCUGACUCAGUUUCACACUUCACAGAGCGGCAACCAGUGACAGAUGAGGGUGUUUGUGAAUCGAAGUUUAGCCAUGGAAAAAAUUAAGUGUUUUGGUUUUGAUAUGGAUUAUACACUUGCUGUGUACAAGUCCCCAGAGUAUGAGUCCCUUGGCUUUGAACUUACUGUGGAGAGAUUAGUUUCUAUUGGCUAUCCGCAGGAGCUGCUCAGCUUUGCUUAUGAUUCUACGUUCCCUACCAGGGGACUUGUCUUUGAUACAUUAUAUGGAAAUCUUUUGAAAGUUGAUGCUUAUGGAAACCUCUUGGUCUGUGCACAUGGAUUUAACUUCAUAAGGGGUUCUCAGAUAGCUGCUCAGAAGAGACCAGAGACUAGAGAGCAGUAUCCAAAUAAAUUCAUCCAACGAGAUGACACUGAAAGAUUUUACAUUCUGAACACACUGUUCAACCUACCAGAGACCUACCUGUUGGCCUGCCUAGUAGAUUUUUUUACUAAUUGUCCCAGAUAUACCAGCUGUGAAACAGGAUUUAAAGAUGGGGACCUCUUCAUGUCUUACCGGAGUAUGUUCCAGGAUGUAAGAGACGCUGUUGACUGGGUUCAUUACAAGGGCUCUCUUAAGGAAAAGACAGUUGAAAAUCUUGAGAAGUAUGUAGUCAAAGAUGGAAAACUGCCUUUGCUUCUGAGCCGGAUGAAGGAAGUAGGGAAAGUAUUUCUUGCCACCAACAGUGACUAUAAAUAUACAGAUAAAAUUAUGACUUACCUGUUUGAUUUCCCACAUGGACCCAAGCCUGGGAGCUCCCAUCGACCAUGGCAGUCCUACUUUGACCUGAUCUUGGUAGAUGCACGGAAACCACUCUUUUUUGGAGAAGGCACAGUACUGCGUCAGGUGGAUACUAAAACUGGCAAGUUGAAGAUUGGUACCUACACAGGCCCUUUACAGUAUGGCAUCGUCUACUCAGGUGGUUCAUCGGAUACAAUCUGUGAUCUGUUGGGAGCCAAGGGCAAGGACAUUUUGUAUAUUGGAGACCACAUUUUUGGGGACAUUUUAAAAUCAAAGAAACGGCAAGGGUGGCGAACUUUCUUGGUGAUUCCUGAACUUGCACAGGAGCUGCAUGUCUGGACGGAUAAGAGUUCACUUUUUGAGGAGCUUCAGAGCUUGGAUAUUUUCUUGGCUGAACUCUACAAGCACCUUGACAGCAGUAGCAAUGAACGCCCAGACAUUAGUUCCAUCCAGAGACGUAUUAAGAAAGUAACUCAUGACAUGGACAUGUGCUAUGGGAUGAUGGGAAGCCUGUUCCGUAGUGGCUCCCGGCAGACCCUCUUUGCCAGCCAAGUGAUGCGAUAUGCUGAUCUCUAUGCAGCGUCUUUUAUCAAUCUGCUGUAUUACCCAUUCAGCUAUCUCUUCAGAGCUGCCCAUGUCUUGAUGCCUCAUGAAUCCACAGUGGAACACACACAUGUAGAUAUCAAUGAGAUGGAGUCUCCCCUUGCCACCCGGAACCGCACGUCAGUGGAUUUCAAAGAUACUGACUACAAGCGGCAUCAGUUGACACGGUCGAUUAGUGAGAUUAAACCCCCCAACCUCUUCCCACUGGCGCCCCAGGAAAUCACACACUGCCAUGACGAAGACGAUGAUGAGGAGGAGGAGGAAGAGGAAGAAUAAGGAGGAAAACGAAAACUCUAAGCAUCCAUUAAACAAGUUCUGGCAGGACUCACAGGAGCAAAGGAUGUUCCUGUUUGGGUUCUAGUUGGGGAGGGUGGUGGGGACCUCCAUCAAAGGCACAUCUGGAAAGUUUCUGAAGACUUUAAAAUAUUGUAGUCAUAGGGAGACACUUAUUUUAGUUCUGUGUGUCUGCCCUCUUUGCAGAUGGUUCAAAAUUGUAAUGGAGUCUGUACUGGAAGAAAGGAUAAAGCCAGGCUGAACUGCAUGCUGAUGGCUCCAUUGUGGCUUGUGACACUGUUUUCUUGUCUUAUUUCAUCAUCAGUUAUCGUAGUGUAUUGGAUACACACAGGAUAGUGGAGAGUCCCAGAUUGGAGCAAGGAGGAGGAUGGGAAGAGGUGAUCCAAAAAGGCUGUUCAUGUUACAAACUGUGCUCUUACUCCAAAAUCUGUCUUUUUCAGUGCAUUACAUAGUAUUGUAUAUCAGUGGAGAAAUAUAUUAUUUGCAUUAUCAAAUGUAGUCUUCUGUUAAAGUCAGGGUUCCUUUGGCAAGCCUUUUAAGACUGCUGUCUGUCAGUGGCUUUGCAGAAGUGUUUCAUAGAACACUUCUAGGGCUGGUCUGGAACGGAUUGCACCAAUUUCACUUUGAGACAAAAGUCUUCAUUUCUACAUUUUUUUGAUUGAUAGCAAAAAUGCUUGUUAUCCAAAAACACUGUCUUUUUCUCAUCUGGGAUAAGUCUAUAGAAAGAAUUUAGCUGAAAGAAGAUAAAGGAACAAGCCCCCAUCCCUUCCCCAAAGAAAAGGAGCUUCCUCCUUUUCCUAUGACAGCAUAACUGGGGGACCUCAUUAGCAUAGCUCAUGCUCCCUAAUGCAGCCUGCUUCAUCCUCUUAAGUUUAUUGCCGUAUUUCAAAGUUGAGCAUUAGAGGACAGGAAGAGAACUUUGUAAGCCAGAACCUUACUAACGCAGGGGGCACAAUCAAUCAGUGUGAAUACAUUCACUUCAGAAUCGAAAUCACUUGAUUUGAACAAGUACGGAUCAUUACUGUUUCUCUAGGGUAGUACUAACUGCCUCACCAGUACAGUGAAAGUUGUACAUUUCACAGUGGUAUAUACUCUUAUUUUAACCUUCAGAAUUUCUUCCACUCUUACUGUCAUUAGUCCACAUGGGCGGGUAGAUUAGCUGCUUUUGAAUUUAAUAAAGUAUAUUUC